AAAGUUUUCUUGCUUGGUUAACUUGAUUUUUGUAUGACAUAUUCAACAAUGGCUAUGUCUAAUCUUCCUAGGGAUUUGGUAGAAGAGGUGCUCUCUAGGCUUUCGGUGACAUCUACGAGAGCAGUGCGAUCUACUUGCAAAAAAUGGAACAUUAUAUCCAAAGACGAGAGCUUUACAACGAAGUACGGUGCUCAAGCAAACGCAGCAGCAAGGGAAAGUGAGUUUUAGGUGGUAAUGAUGAUGGAAUAUAAGCUUUAUUUAAUGAGCGUCAAUCUCCAUGGCAUUGAAAACAAUGUUGAUCCAUCUAUAGAGGUUAAGGGUAAACUUAUUAGCCUAAACAUAGCUGAUCAAAUCGGUAUAUAUCAAGUUUAUCACUUUGAUGGUUUGUUGUUAUGUAUGACCAAUGACACUCUUAGGCUUGUGGUUUGGAACCCUUAUUGUGGGCAAACAAGGUGGAUCGAACCUAGGAAUUCUUACCACAGAUUGGACAACUACGCUUUGGGAUACGAGAAGAAGAACAAGUCGUGUCUUCAAUACAAAAUCUUGAGAAUUCUGGUGACAUCAUUACACAAACUUCACCCAGUUUAUGAGAUUGAAAUUUACAACUUUAACUCUGAUUCAUGGAAGGUUGUUGAUUUCACUCCUGACGGGGAUAGGCGCUUUUUUGUACAUGGCGUGUCUCUCAAGGGAAAUACUUACUGGUUUGCUAGAGAGUAUGUGAGGUAUGAAGGUGUACAAGAAGUAAUGAAUUACGUGGCUAGUUUCUUGAUUUGUUUUGAUUUUACAACAGAGAGAUUUGGACCGCGACUUCCUCUGCCUUUUGACAUUUUUAUAAUCGAUAAUGUGAGUCUCUCGAGUGUUAGAGAAGAGCAGCUUGUGGUGUUACAUCACCAAUGGAUGAAAUUGAGGAUGGAGAUAUGGGUUAGUAAUAAGAUUGAGCCUAAUGCAGUGUCGUGGAGAAAGUUGUUAGAGGUUAAUAUGAGACCAUUACCUCGAUAUCGUUUUCGUCUUGACCAUGGGAGUUUCUUCAUUGACGAGAAGAAUAAGGUCGUUGUGGUUCUGGAUAAAGACGAAGAGACGGAAACCCGCAACUUAGUUUAUUUCAUUGGAGAGGAUGGAUAUUUCAAAGAAGUGGAACUGGGAGAAUCUAGAGGCAAAAAUGGUUCUCCAUUUGUGAGCUCUUAUGUUCCAAGUUCAGUGCAAGUUAGCAACUCGCAGAGGAGGCAAUUAACCAUAUUUGAUUAAUUAGUCCUUUUACAAUGCCUAAUCUAUGUGUUUAAUUUACUCUUUUCUUUUGUCAUCUUUUAUUAUUACUGCUCUGUAUACACGUCGAUGACCAUUGUUAUCAGUUAUUUGGUUUUGGUAUUUAUCAACAGACAUGAAAAUGCUUAGAUACCAGUAGCUAAAACUGACAUAUCUCUCUGUACCACUACCACCAAUAUGUAGAC